GGCUGAACCUCUUCCCUUUUUUGUACCUGAAGGUGCUACAAUCUCCCUUUGAGGACAAUUCUUACCUGGCUGCGAUGUAGAAAAGGAUGGAUUUAAGCAUCUGGUACGUCCAAUUGGGAAAUUUUACUCAUUAGUUGCUUGUUUUUUUGUCUCCCUCUCAAGGCUCACCGGUUUUCCUUCGAUCAGCCCUAUAAAAGGCCCAGACUCUAGCCUCAGAUCAUUAGUUUCUUGUGAAGUUUUGCUGAGUGAACACCUUGUUGAAAUUGAACAUUUUUUCUGCGAAUAAUUCUUUUGAGAGAGACUUUUGCAUUGAUAGAAGUUAUAGUUCUUUAGAGACUUUUUUGUGUUUUUUGAGUGUUUCUGUUUUUGUGGAAAAAAAUUGUGCAAUGGAGUAUAGUUUAAUUGUGGAGUUGGAAGCCUUGAAUCAUGAGGAAGUCAGCAGAUUUGCCAUCAUCUCCAGCCAACUUGUGCGGAAUAUACAAACAGUUAAUCCUCAAACUUGCUACACUGGGAAGAAAAUUAUUGUUGACAUAGAAGGGCAGCUUAGACCAGCCAAUAUCUGUAUGAUUUCGGAUGAUUUGAACUUCAUCCGGGAACAGUUCAAUGCAAUUCAGGUGGAGAGGACCUUAGAGGACAAUAGGAGGAGUUCAACUAGCGAUGCUAGUACAAGUUGCCAGCGCAGCCCGGAUUCCAUCAUGCCGGAGCCACAGCAUCCACAGCACAGAGUCCCACCGAUGACCUUUGAUCAGCAGACUCAGACGGACAAGAGUCUCUACGAUAGGCUGGUCCCAGCCUCUGCUGCUCAGAUGUCUCAUCAGAUCGAGGAAAUUGCUCAGAUUCAGAGUCAGAAUAAUGCCAUCCUGGGCAGCCUGAGUGAAGUUUAUCGGAAUCAGAUGAUCUUCAACAAUAACUUCACUCACUGCACCAACAUCCAGGAAGAGAUUAUGCGGAAGCUCCGGGACAUUGAAGAGAGUGUGGAGCAACUUAAACAAUCGGAGAAGUUGAGAACUGCUCCGGAAAAUUCAAUCUACCUGCAACUGACUCCGGAUGAGUGCUCCCCAUCUGAGAAUCUGGUCAUAGACACUGAGGCUCAGCCUGUGGAAGAGGCUAAACCCGAAGUUCGGACCUAUAAGGCUCCGUACAAGAAGAACAAGAUCUGCCAAUUGGAGAACGAAGAGAAUGUUACUCCGAACGUGAAGAGGGUUAAGAUUGCUGCUAGUCCUGAAGCUUCCGGGGAAUCCUCUACUAGUCAAAUGGUCUACCGCCCUGAGGAAGAUAUCGUAAUCGGACCAAAUGGGACCAAGAUUGCAGCUCAGGUCCUCAAAGGCAUCAACUGGGCUUGCCCAUCCGUAGCUACCAGGAAGAUUCUAGUAGCAGUCUUCAGUAGGAAUGUCCUUGCUACCCAUUCCCUUUCCGGAAAACCAUCUCCUGCUUUUCUGGAUAGGAACGCCAAGAAGCAGUUGGACCCACUUAAGAUCCAGGACAUCCUGCAUUUCGUAACGAAGAACGCCAAUAUUCCCGAGUCCAACGUCAGGAGCGUCAUCACAGCUAAAUGCGCUGAUGAGAAUAAGAUGUUCAAGUGCAAUGAGAAUGGAGCUGAUCCCAAGAAUGCCCGUAGGAGCAGCGGUAAUGAUAUGUCAUUUAAAUAAUUCUAAAAUAAUUAAUUUUAAAUUCAAGAGUUCCUCCUAACAAAUCAUUGACUUUUGCUAGCCACAAUUUGGACAUUUUUCAAUAAAAAUCUGGAUUGAAUGAG